GGAAACCUCGGACGGACGGACCGAGCGAGCCGAGCGGACUGACGGGCGGGCAAGCGAGCGAGCGAGCUAGUGCUGGCGCUCGGGCUGCGCGUGGCAGCCGGGCAGGCGCCAUGGCACUGACACGGGCCGGGCUGGGCCUGGAGCUGGACGCGGCCGGUGAGCUGUCUUAUGUUCAUUCUGUGACCCUUCUGGAAUGCCACUAAACCAUGGGGGAAAACAGUCCUGAGAAUGUCAUCUAUUACAAAGUGGAGGAAGAUGACUUGGCCCAGGAUGAUAAACUGUUGUGGUUUGUGGACAAGAAUGGCCUUGUCCCAUCCUCAUCCAGGACUGUGUAUGACAGAACAACAGUCCUCAUUGAACAAGACCGGGGGCCAUUGGAGGACGAGGAGGAUGAAGGGCAGUGUGGGGAUCACUUGCCUUUUUUACCUGAUGGUCAUGAGGACAGGUUUCCUUUGAUAGCUGACCAUGAAGGAAUGUCCCAGGGUUAUGUUCAGCACAUUAUUUCUCCGGACCAGAUUCAUCUGACGAUCAAUCCUGGCUCAACUCCUAUGCCACGAAACAUUGAAGGAGCCACCCUUACUUUGCAGUCAGAGUGUCCUGAGACAAAACUGAAAGAAGUGAAACGUUACCAGUGCACGUUUGAGGGCUGCCCUCGUACCUACAGCACCGCAGGUAACCUGCGCACCCACCAGAAGACACACCGCGGGGAGUACACCUUUGUGUGCAACCAAGAGGGGUGUGGAAAGGCCUUCCUAACAUCCUAUAGUCUCAAAAUCCAUGUUCGAGUCCACACCAAGGAGAAACCUUUUGAGUGUGAUGUCCAGGGUUGUGAAAAAGCCUUCAAUACACUGUACAGGUUAAAAGCCCACCAAAGGCUUCACACGGGAAAAACAUUUAACUGUGAAUCAGAGGGUUGCAGCAAGUACUUCACCACACUCAGUGACCUGCGGAAACACAUUCGGACCCACACCGGAGAGAAGCCAUUCAGGUGUGAUCAUGAUGGCUGUGGAAAAGCCUUUGCUGCAAGCCACCACCUGAAGACGCAUGUCAGGACCCACACCGGUGAAAGACCUUUCUUCUGUCCCAGUAAUGGCUGCGAGAAGACUUUCAGCACACAAUAUAGCCUCAAGAGUCACAUGAAGGGACACGAGAAGGGGCCCUCCUAUGCUAUGCUGUCCAACAACAGCAUCUCUGAGGAUACAAACCACUCACUCUGUCUCAGUGACUUGAGCCUCAUGUCCACAGAUUCAGAACUGCGGGAUAAUUCAAAUCCAAUGCAUGGACAAGACCUGAGUACAAUCUCACCAGCAAGCAUUUUUGAGUCCAUGUUCCAGAGUCCGGAGCCUCCUGUAAAUCAGGAAGACUCUCAGCACACAGACGCCUUGGUUAAAGAUUUUGGUGGUGAUGCAGACCCAGCCCCUGCCACCCAGCCACCCCUCGGAGAAGCUGCUCCUUUGUCUCUGCCACUUGUUCUUCAGCUUGGCAUCUCUGAGCCUUCCCCCCCAGCACUGCUUCCUGCCUCCACUGGCACUCAGCAAGCAGCCUAUGGAACCCCUUCCGCUGUCCUCCAGUCUCCAGAAGUGCCUGCUCCUAAUAGCACACUCUUUGCACCCAACCCCCAGGACUUCCUACAGCACAUUCAGGCACCUCCGCAGCCUGUUGGGAAUCCCCCCGUCCCAGCAGCAGCACCGAGUGUUGCUGAGGUCCUCCCCAGUGGGGUUCAGACUGUGCCUAUUGGAGGGAACUCUGUGCUGGCUGGCAGCCCAACCAUCACCAUCACCCCAUCACAAAGUGCAGCCAUUCUGCAGUCCAGCAUUGUCAUGGGAGAGCAAAAUCUCCAGUGGAUUUUGAAUGGUGCCAGCAGGACCUCCCAGAACCAAGAACAAAUGCCACAGGCUCCAGUGCUGGAGAAGGUCUUCUUUACCACUGCCCUUCCUGUUGCUGGUAAUGCAGGGAGCUCUGUGCAGCAGAUUGGCCUGAGUGUGCCCGUGAUCAUCAUCAAGCAGGAGGAAGCCUGUCAGUGCCAGUGUGCCUGCCGGGACUCAGCCAAGGACAAAGCCAGCAGCAAGAAGCAGAAUUGCUCCUCACAGGACUCCAAGGCAUCAGGGGAGCCUCCUGCGGCAGCACCAGGGCCUCUGCCUCAACCCUUUCCCAUCAACUUGGCUGCCAGCACCUCCUCUGCUGCUGCUGCUGUUGCCGCCACCACCCUCUCUUCCACGUUGCCUCCUUGCGAGCAAAGCACUCUGGCAGGGAACCCCUCAGACUCACAGAACCACUCCCUAAGUGCCAUGGAUGUCUCGGACUUCCUCUCUCUCCGGAGCCCCGAGGCUUCUGCCUCCGCCUCUGCCUCCUCCCCACUGAUUCCAAUUGAAGCCCUGCUACAAGGGGAGGAGGAGCUUGCCCUGGGCGGAGUUCGUGGUGGCAGCUUCCUCAAGUGAAAAGGCGAAGGCAGUCCUGUCUCUUUAUUACGUUGGCUUGUUGUGACAUGAACCCAAGCAUCAGUCACUCUGAGCGAGUUUUGAGGGCCGGCUGCUCUCUGGUUGCACCUUGCCAGGGGCACAGGAGGUUCUUGUUACAGCUCCUUGGGGGUGCCUUUGCUACUAAGUGUGCACUAUUAUGGGGGGAGGGGGAGAGAGAAGAAAUGUUUGUGAGGGAGGAGGAAGACUGCAAGGCGAUCUCUUGCUGUAGAGGCAGCUGCACUUUGGCAAAGUGGUGGGCGGGGAAACUUGUGUGCUGAAAUGCAGGCCAGGCACAUCAUCAUCAUCUUCUUCAUCAUCUCUCCAGAGUUUGCACAUGUAACUCAGUCGGCUUGCUCCAGAGUAGGGGCCCUGUGGUUCCCACAUCUUUUGACAGAUUACCUGCUUGGAAAGGCGAGUGCUGCUGCCUCUCUCCAGGUGGGCUGCUUGGGGGUUUGCACAAGUUCAGGGGCUGAGAGAAUUUGCACUGUUGCAGCUUGAUCAGAAACAGUCACCCAGCACAGCAGCUUCUGGGGCUGAAAAUGCCCCUGUGGAAGCUUGUCAGGCCUUUGCAAAGGUGGAUUGGCAGAGGUGCCUGUAGAAGACUCAGCUAGCAAUGAGGGGCUGCUUCUGCCACUUAGGACCCACCCAGCUAGUUCUGGCAAAGCCCAUGCCCUGAAUGUCUCAUGGCUGCGUCAUGUCAUGAAAGUGCUGGUGCGAAGCUGGCCAGUCCUCCCAACCCUCCGGUCCCCACCCCCAAGGUUUCCUCUUCGCUGUUCAGCCUUCCCAGUCCUGCCCUCAACCUGUGCAUUGGAUGGGGCAUCCUUUCUUCUAACUUACUCAGGGUAAAAUCCUAACACAGACUGCCCCUCCCUCCAAAAGCCUCUAAGGUUUCAAUAAGUCACCUUGGAAAUGUUUUAUUUAUAUGCCAUUGUUACUUUUAAAAAAUAGAUGCCAUUCAUAGUGUUCUUCUGUUUGGUAGCCAGCCUCCUUGUGUUUAAGGGACACUUCAUUCAUCAUGUAGGCAGAAUAUUUGCCUGGCAGACAAUGGCUGUGGGCUGAUGGCAGGCUGGACAGGAACACCAACAGGAGUUGCGGAGAAGAAGGGACUUGAGUGUGUGUUUGUCUAGCUUCAGUGACAAGCUACCUCUGCUGAAAUCUCCUCUUCUCCACAACUGUUGAAGGUGUGUGAGUAGCCCACCUGGCCUCCUAGUCUCAAGGGCAGGCUUAGGUGUGUUGAUGGGUAGCAGAAGGAUCAUCUGCUCUCAAGCACCCCCCUAGGCAGUAGCAGGGCAGAGACUGUCCUUGGGCUGGAGAUCUUUUGGCUGCAACAGUUGGUUGGCCUGCUGCCUCUUGGCUAUAGGGCAUAGGAGAUUGUUUGUCCUAGAGCUCCAGGUGUGGCGGGACUUGGUACUCUUUGCAGGGCUUCUCACUUUAGCAAACAGCUGGGGACUUGGGUGAGCAGAGCCUGGAGAGCUGCCUGUGACAGCAGCCUUUAGGCUUGCAGGCCGCUUUAGGCAAACUUGGUCUGGCACUGCUGCCCUGCUUGGGUGUCUCUGGGAGGGCUGCAAACGGUGGUGGUGAACAGGACAGCCCUUGGGAUUCUGUUCCUUUAUUUAUUUAUUGUUUUGUUGUUGUUUUGUUGCUGUUGUUGUUGUUAAAUUGACCAUACAGACUGGAGCCUUUUGAAUCCCUUCCCUCCUCUUCCUGUGCUGAUGAGGGUUGCAGAGCCCGAGGUACCCCAUAUUCAGGUGUGGGGAGGGUGCCAGGCUGGGCAGUCAAGAACUGGGCUUUGCACAGCUCAACCCCUGGGCUGUUGACCCUCUGUGACUUCCAGGCCUGCAGGGAGGCUCAGGGUUGGGUGGCUUGGUCAGGCGAAGGAACCAGGGAGCAACCGAGGACUUAUUUCUGACCCCUAUAGAGACCCUACUGGGGGUGGAGUCUGCUGCAUUUGCUGGAAGCUGCUGCUACUGCUGGAGUCUAGAGAAGGAAACAUUUUGCUGGGGCUCCUCCAAUGACACUAACAUGCUGGGCUCUAAAAUGCACUUUAGUUCUCUUUAAACCAACUGCUGCAAUUUUCUUUUGUAAAUAACUUUUCACAAAGUUAUUAGGGUUCUUCCCCCCUUUACCCCCUCUGAGUAAAAGUUAAAUGUGGUUACGCAAAAAGAGCACUUAACCUCUGUGCAAUAUGUGUAGCUAGGUGUGGCGUCCUCGUACGCUCUGUGUGUGCGUCCAAUGCGUGUCCAUGUGUGUGCGUGUGAGAUUAACAGAAUUGAUGUGGGAACUGGCUAAGCUGUGUGCUCUGCCCUCUUAUGCAUGCUUUAAGCAAAUGUCCAGUCUAUGCAAAACUUCCACUAGGAGCCUGAACUGAAUGGAAUCAGGUUGGGUCACUCACUCAUUCCGAGGUGACUUUGGUUACAGUUGGAUACAUUCAUAGGGUCGCAGCUGCCAUCCUAAUCUUCUGAAUGCCCCAGAGAGGGAAGUGGAGGGCAGGGAGGCAGAUGCAAGCCGUCCUUACAUUGGCAUGUAGCACCUUCUAGGGUGGAUGUCACAUUCCUGCCUUACUGCACUGCAAGGGUCUCUACGGCAGAACUGGAAAAACCCUUCAUUUCCCAAAAAGGAUUGGUAUUUUCCUCUGGCACCUUCUUCAAGCACAUUGCUAGUGAUUGAUCUGUAGAAGUGAGCUAUUCAAAAUGCUAAAGGUGCCAACGAGAGAACCUACUCUUGAGAAAUAAGAGACACAGAAGGAGGCAGCUGCAUUGCCUGCUAGCUACCCUCUGCAAAACCACAGAAGGAAAAGCUUAUUCUCUUUAACAUCACACACUCUGGAUUUUUCUUUUUCUAUUAUCAGAGUAUUAUUUCUCCUUUAUGUCUUUUAGAAAUUGUGUCUCCAGUUUUGGAUUGUUGUUGUUUAAAUAAGCAUCCAGUGUAGCUGGGUUGAGGGCUGACCUUUCAACUUUUUGCAUCUUACAUUGUUUCAUUUGGAGGUUUGGACUCUGGUUCUGCACUGAGAAAUGCCAAGGAAACUGGAUAUUUAUGUAGGGGUGUGUGUGUGUGUGUGUGUGUGUCUGUUUGUGGAAACAGUGUGUAGCCCACACUGUCUUCUUAGUCGUAUGCAUGCUGGCCAAAAAUUGUUUCUAUGCAGUGGACACUUUCAAGGAAAUGCAGUUUCUACUUUCCUUAACAAAUGGGUGUUUUGGCUUUUUGUUUCCCUCAUAUGAACUUCACUGGUAAAGUCCAGGGAGAUGUUUUAAUUUUUCUUCUUCAGCAAUCUGUUAAUAGAAAUGACUCAUUCCUUUGCUCUGCAGUGUUGUGUCUUUCCAAAUGCUCUUUUUUGUGGGGAAAUGGGAAGGAGCUGCCAUUCAUUCUGGCGGAGGCAGAAGAUAAGGUUCCUGGGGUACCUGAGAGAGGGUUUAGGCUGCCUCUUUCCCAGUCAUUGCGGGUAGGGAGAUGUCACCAUCUGUUAAUACUGCAUGUGUGAGAUAGAGGUAUGUGGGGGGGGGGGGAGAAACCUUGCACAAGGGGGAAUUUCAAGCCCCUUUCCCAUAACUGCCACCUUCCCACAUGGGGUGUGGGCUUGUGCCCUAGAGCGGUGUAACUGGAGGUCCCCAAAGGCUCUCAUGUAACUUUUGCAAAGUGCCUUUCUGGGUCUCCCCUCCUAGCCCGGAUUUCCUCCACAACAACAUAUGGCAUUGCUAUGGCUCCACUCCAGAGCUAUGCAAGGAGUGAAGCAGAGAUCAUUUGAAGUUGCCAGUUUCUCUCAGGAGUAUGUGUUUUGUGUUUAAACAAAUUUAAUUUAACUGAAACAUGGGAACAAAUGUCCUUGCAUUGAGUGAUGUGAAGAUGUUAGUUACAGGUACAGUACUUCCAAAGGAAGAGCCUCUCCAAAACCCCAGAAGCAUAAACAUGAAUUUGUAUUUUUGAAGAAUGUAAAAUGUGAAAUAACUGUGUUUGCUUAACUGCUCCAUUUUGUAUAAAAUUAAUAUUGUACUUUGAAAUACCUGCAAGGAAGUGGAAAUUAAUUUUUUAAUUGAAAGCAAUAUUAAUACCACUGAGAUCCUAAUUAAAUGCUUAUUUAAAUCUG